AACAAAAUCUGGUCUCUUAUAUAAUCAGUUUGAAAACUGAUUUUAAUAGCGGUCCUUGUGAGCACUGUGACGGUCCCAAUGCGACCGCACAUCUACCUGGAUCCACAACCGCUAACACACAUUGCACUUGCAUACAAUCGCGCGCACACACACACACACACACACGCACACGGAUAUACAGACGCAACUAUUUCUCCCAUUCUCUCUCUUCCUCUCACACACACACAUACAUGGAAGAUACAUACGGAAAGGAGGCUAGGACAACAAUCGUGGUUUCCUACAUUUAUUGAGUAGACCGAGAGACUCGUGGAGUGGAUUGCCAGCUGUUUGGGUGCUCGUGUUUGAUUGUCGGUGCAACGGCUAAGAAGCGCCUCCGGAACCAGUGGGAACUUAUAUACGGUUCCUACCUUAAUCAGGGUGGUGAUUCCCUGUUGUGGCGGUUGGGACAAGAGAAAUGGUUUGGCCAAAUAACUUCAGUACAAUGUCUUUUUUACAGGCCAGCGAUUAGGAUGUAUUAGAUAGAUAUUAUUCUAAUUAUAUAUUUAGCACAUUGUGAACACUGUGUGGGUGUUUCAGGGUUUAUAUUGUGCACUGAAACACUAAUUGAUUAUUGUGUAUACCCCUCCUUUUUAUAUGGUGCUGACCACCUUUCUAUAUAUGUGGAUUUGUUCUGUCUUGAGGAGAGGGUUGGUAAGGUAUGUGCAUCUGUGGGGACUGCUGAUGGUUGUCCUCUAGUCAUUUAGAGGCUUAGCAGAAUUCUGUUCUUUUUGUGAAUUUUGUGAAUGUCUUAUGGAAUUGAAGUGAUGAAGUUUGUGAAUGACUUAUGGAUUCCUGAACUUUGAAAAAGAAUAAACCAAAAAAAAACUGAAAAACUUUACUCUGACUCUGAGCUUUUGGCCAUACCCAUGGAUAGACGGUUACCCGAGGCUUGGUCCGUCACAAUUGGUGGCAGCGGUGGGAUCGGCCAACAGAGGACAAGAGUGAGUGGAUUAUAAUUUUUUUUUUUUUUCAUAGUUUCCCUUCCCUGGUUGCUUCAUCUGUUUGUGGCUGUUGUUCUUUGGACAUCAUGGGGCCUAAAAAGCCACGAGUGGCAGCAGCAGAAGCCCUCGGAGGAGAAGAGACCGGCGUAGACCCAGAAUUGGCCCAGGUGUCUGAAGAUGGCUCCCUUCAGGAGCUCAGAGACAUGUUCCGGAAACAUCUCUCCAUUCAGCAGAACAGAGAUGAUUGGCAGGAGAAAGAGGUGGCACGGCAGGAGGCCCGGUGGAAGACAAUGCAACAUCAGUUUGGUUUACUACAACGCGAGGUGCAUGAGCGGACUACUCCAGAUCUUGAAGAGGAACCCAGUUUGGGCAGAAGUGAUAGAUUUGGGCUACCACCAGAGUCACAGCGGCUGAGCAGCCGAGUCCGUGGUCAGGUGGGAAUUGAGAGAGAGCCCCGUCUGCUCAGAUUGAACGAGACGGAUGACAUUGAGCAUUUUUUAAUAACCUUUGAGAGAAUAGCAGAGGCGUGUCAGUGGCCUACAACUGACUGGGCAGUCCGGUUAGUGGCUCUUCUGACGGGCAAAGCUAGGGCAGCAUAUGUGAACAUGGAUAGGGAAGAGUCAUUGGAUUAUGAAAAAGUGAAGGCGGCCAUACUGGACAAAUACAACAUUAAUCAAGAAACCUACAGGUUGCAAUUUAGGGCAACAGAGGUGAGAGAAGAUGAGACCCCAAAGGAACUGUACGUAAGAUUGAAAGACGUAUAUCAGAAAUGGGUGCAGCCCCAACAACACACUAAAGAGGAGAUUGCUGAGGUAUUUGUUUUGGAACAGUUCCUUCGAAUGGUCUCUCCAGAUCUCCAAAUAUGGAUAAAGGAGCGUAACCCCAGCUCCGCCGCUGAAGCUGCUUCCCUGGCAGAUGUCUUUGUGGCAGCCCGGCACAAAGCACAGGCCUGGACGUAUGGCCAAUGGCGAGAAAGUAGAGACUUCAGGAAGCCCUAUCGGCCUCCUCAGCCGCCCAUGAGGACCAACAGUGAGGGUAAGUUUGCCGGUGAUAGGGGUGGUCCGACCAAACAGAGCCCUACUUUUAAGUCUAGUGGCCCCAGGAUUCUUGUGUGUUUUCAGUGUGGACAGGAAGGCCAUGCAAGACCGCAAUGCCCCAAUAAUCCAGCUAACCAAGCUAAUGUCUGCACUGUACCUAGACCUAGUUUUCCAAAUAGGCCGAUAGCGCCCCAUUGUUGCACAGUAGUCUUGAAUGGACGGGAGGUUAGGGCACUAGUGGACACCGGGAGCAUGCAGUCGCUAGUUUCCUCUGACUUAGUUCCAAUAGAGGGUAGGAAUUACUCUGUGGUGACCAGACUGCGAUGUGUGCAUGGGGAGGAAAGACCGUAUCCAACAGCUUCGGUAUAUGUGAAGGUUCAGGGACAGCCUUAUUUCUUGGAAGUGGGUGUGGUAGAUGAUUUGCCAUAUCCAGUGAUUUUGGGCCAAGAUUUUCCACUUUUGUUAGAUCUGGCAGUGGCUAAGAAAGACUGUAACCUGGCUCUAACACGGGCCAUGGCUAAGCAGGGUGAGGUGGAGCUACCACUCUCUGCAUUGCCUUUCUAUAAUGCCGACAUAGAGGCUCAGCCAGGUAAGACAAGGAAGUCUAAAAGGCAGAGGAGACAUGAUAAAUUACAAUUUGGAGCCACCCACAUGGAGGAAUUUGGUGUGGAGCAGCUUAGGGCACCUUUAGGAAUCCCUCAGGACAUUGGGGCAAUGCAGCAGCAAGACCCAGAUAUUGGCUUGUUAUAUCAGCAGGCUCAGGGGGAAAGACCGCUUAGUCAGACUAAUAGGCGGGAGCCAGGGGAUGGUUUCUCUGUAAGUAAUGGGGUGUUGUACAAAGGAGAUGGUUCAGAGGCAAGGAUGGUAGUUCCUCAGAAGGCUAGAGGUGUAGUCCUGGAAUUGGGCCACUCCAUCCCGUGGGCAGGUCAUUUGGGCAGGCAAAAGACUAUUGCCAGAAUUAGCCGGCAUUUCUUUUGGCCUAAUAUGGCCAGGGAAAUUGCAGAGUUUUGUAGGACAUGCCCAGAGUGUCAGAGAACCACCAGCAGAGGACCCCCUAAAGUCCCUUUAGAGCCUCUUCCGGUAGUGGGGAUACCCUUUGAGCAGUUAGGAAUGGAUGUGGUAGGUCCCCUUGAGCGCAGCAAAGCUGGUAACCGGUAUAUGUUGGUCAUUACAGAUUAUGCAACGAGGUAUCCAGAGGUUUUUGCCCUGAAGACAGUAAAGGCUAGGAAUGUAGCCACCUGUCUGAUUCAGAUGUUUUCUAGGGUGGGUUUCCCUCGGACCAUACUAACUGAUCAAGGGUCAAACUUUAUGUCAGAGCUGUUGAGGCAGGUAUAUCAGCUGCUAGGGAUUAAGGGCAUACGGACUACCCCCUAUCAUCCGCAGACGGAUGGGCUGACAGAAAGGUUUAACCAGACCCUAAAACAGAUGCUACGGAAGUUCGUGAGUGAAUCAGGAGCGGACUGGGACAGCUGGCUUCCAUAUCUCCUUUUCGCAUACCGGGAGGUCCCGCAAGCAUCCACAGGGUUUUCACCCUUUGAGUUAAUGUACGGCCGGGAAGUGCGAGGACCCCUGUCACUGCUGAAAGAGGCCUGGAUGGGAGACCAGGAGGUCCCAGAGGCCCAGAAUGUGCUUUCUUACGUUUUGAAGAUGAGGGAGCGGUUGACGAGCAUGGCACAGCUUGCCCAACAGAGCCUGAAACAUGCACAACAACGCCAAAGGAACUAUUAUGACCAAAGAGCCAGACCAAGGAGUUUUGGACCAGGAGAUAAGGUGUUGGUGAUGCUGCCUAGUGAUACAAGCAAACUGUUGACAAAAUGGCAGGGCCCUUUUGAGGUCACCCGUAAACUAGGGUCUACCACCUAUGAAGUCGUUAAACCAGGACAGAAGCGCUCCAGACGGGUGUUACACAUCAAUCUCCUGAAGGAGUGGCAUGAGAGACCAGAGACAGGAAUAGAUGCGCUCAUGAUUCGGCAGGUGCCAGAUGAGGACGAGGUAGAGGAGCAGUACCUACCACUACCAUCAGAGGGCGCCCUUGAACUCAGCCAUCUGUCUCCGACCCAGCAAGCUGACAUUCAGGUUCUUUGCAGGCCAGUCCUGUUUGAAGAAAAACCAGGGCGCACUAGUCUGGUGGAGCACCAGAUUACCUUGUGUGAGGGGGCAGAGUCCCGCCGCAGGAGCUAUAGAAUCCCUGAGCGUCUUCUGACCACUUUGAAGGAGGAGGUGGACCAGAUGUUGGCUAUGGGCAUUAUCGAGCCGUCUAAGAGCGAAUGGUGCAGCCCAGUGGUAUUGGUGCCGAAAAAAGACGGGAGUCUACGGUUCUGCGUCGAUUUCAGGUAUCUGAAUUCAGUUUCCAAGUUUGAUUCUUACCCAGCACCCAGAAUUGAUGACCUGAUUGACUCCUUAGGCUCUGCUAAAUGGCUGACGACCAUUGACUUAGUUAAGGGCUACUGGCAGGUUCCCCUCAAUAAGUCUGCUAAGGAAUUAACGGCUUUCCGGACCCCCUGGGGGCUGUUCCAUUUUUCCGUGAUGCCAUUCGGUUUGCACGGAGCACCAGCAACAUUUCAGAGGUUGAUGGACCAGGUGUUGGUUGGGACCAACGGCUACGCAGCAGCAUACCUAGAUGAUGUCAUCAUAUAUAGCUCAUCGUGGGAGGAGCACCUCCAGCAUCUGACAGAGGUGUUGCUGCGGAUAGAGUCAGCUGGCCUUACUAUCAACCCAGCCAAGUGUGCGAUUGCCAAAAAGGAGACGGAAUAUCUGGGGUAUGUAAUAGGGGGGGGGCUUAUCAAGCCUCAAGUACAGAAACUGGCAGCCAUACAGAAUUGCCCAUUGCCCCAGAAUAAGACCCAGGUGCGAUCCUUUUUGGGCAUGGCAGGUUGGUACAGGAGGUUUGUACCAAACUUUUCUCUUAGGGCAGCAGCCCUUACUGAUAUGACACAGAAAAACUGCCCAGUCCAAGUACAGUGGUCUGGGGAGGCAAAGGAGGCCUUCUAUGACAUAAAGAAUGUUUUGUGCAAUGAACCUGUGUUGUAUUGUCCAGAUUUUGAGAAAAAGUUUGUGUUGCAGACUGAUGCCUCUGAUUUAGGCUUAGGUGCGGUGCUUCUUCAGGGUGAGCCCGAUCAGCAACAUCCUGUGGCAUACAUCAGCCGGAAGCUGUUUCCAAGGGAAGUGAGAUACUCCACAGUCGAGAAGGAGUGCCUGGCGGUGAAAUGGGCACUUGACGCCUUCAGGUACUACCUCUUGGGCCGGGAGUUUCUCUUGGAGACAGACCACCGGCCACUGCAAUGGAUGGAUCGCAUGCGGGAUUCCAAUGCAAGGAUUACCCGGUGGUACUUGUCUAUGCAGCCAUACCGGUUUAUAAUUAACCAUAUCCCAGGACGGAAUAACACCACUGCUGACUUCCUCUCCCGCUUACCAGCGUGAGACUAGAGGUGGGGGGGUGUGUGACGGUCCCAAUGCGACCGCACAUCUACCUGGAUCCACAACCGCUAACACACAUUGCACUUGCAUACAAUCGCGCGCACACACACACACACACACACACACGCACACGGAUAUACAGACGCAACUAUUUCUCCCAUUCUCUCUCUUCCUCUCACACACACACAUACAUGGAAGAUACAUACGGAAAGGAGGCUAGGACAACAAUCGUGGUUUCCUACAUUUAUUGAGUAGACCGAGAGACUCGUGGAGUGGAUUGCCAGCUGUUUGGGUGCUCGUGUUUGAUUGUCGGUGCAACGGCUAAGAAGCGCCACCGGAACCAGUGGGAACUUAUAUACGGUUCCUACCUUAAUCAGGGUGGUGAUUCCCUGUUGUGGCGGUUGGGACAAGAGAAAUGGUUUGGCCAAAUAACUUCAGUACAAUGUCUUUUUUACAGGCCAGCGAUUAGGAUGUAUUAGAUAGAUAUUAUUCUAAUUAUAUAUUUAGCACAUUGUGAACACUGUGUGGGUGUUUCAGGGUUUAUAUUGUGCACUGAAACACUAAUUGAUUAUUGUGUAUACCCCUCCUUUUUAUAUGGUGCUGACCACCUUUCUAUAUAUGUGGAUUUGUUCUGUCUUGAGGAGAGGGUUGGUAAGGUAUGUGCAUCUGUGGGGACUGCUGAUGGUUGUCCUCUAGUCAUUUAGAGGCUUAGCAGAAUUCUGUUCUUUUUGUGAAUUUUGUGAAUGUCUUAUGGAAUUGAAGUGAUGAAGUUUGUGAAUGAACUUUGAAAAAGAAUAAACCAAAAAAAAACUGAAAAACUUUACUCUGACUCUGAGCUUUUGGCCAUACCCAUGGAUAGACGGUUACCCGAGGCUUGGUCCGUCACAAGCACCAAGAGUAGUAUUGGGUGGG